GGUGAGGUUUGGUCACAGUUCUGAGGGUCCUACUGAGUUUAUUUUCACACCUGCGUAUGGAGACUUGCUCUCAAUAAAAUAAGAAGUGUGAUUCAUUGAGAAAGUUAACUUUGUUCACAUUAGUCGACGCCCAUUUCUGACAAAACGAAACUUUACAGGACAACAUGCGGAAACGAGUUGACAGCAUGUGACUCAGACGGAGCCGGGUGCACCGCAGGAUGAGCAGGGAUCACCUCUGUGCUCUUCAUCUUGUGAACCAGAGGAGGAGGAGGAGGUAGCAGUCAGCUCAGAGAUCACUGAAGUCUGAAGAUGAAGUGCCCAGGUUGUCGUCAUAAUAUUGUGGAAAAGACAGCCAAAUUCUGCAGUGAGUGCGGGUUGAGGCUGUCGGUCCAACCUGCAAACACACAGGAUAACACAGAUCAGCCAAAAUCCUUGGUAUCAGAGUCGGAGGGUACGCGUGAGAUAUCAGCGUCACAGACAAACACUCCGGAUGUGGACAGGCAGGGAUCUUCCAAACGACAGAAUGAGGAGACCACCUCCAACCCAAAAAGAAAGAAAAAAAGGAAGAAGAGGAACAAAAAGAAGAAAGAUGGCACCUUGUCGUCAGACCCAGAUAAAAACCAGUCCGACCUGUCACAUGUCUCCCUCGGAGAUGACCGGGGACAGAAGAGGAAGGGUGGCGGAGAGUCCUCUGACAGCGAAAGCUCAGAUAAUGCUAUGGAUGAAACGGCCGACUCACUCCAAGAUGGGCUGUCCUCCCUAGAGAGCCAGCCUGGUUCUUCAAGAGCGAACACUCCUGUUGCACCAUCUGAAGACUCCAAAGUCAGUCCGAAUGAAAAGACUGCUGCUGCAGAGGAGGCAAGAAACCCAGAGGACGCUCCAGGUAACCCUGAUGAGGGAGUUAGCCAUGAGGCAAAAUCGACUCAGGAUCAGACACUCAAGACAGCACCGGCAGAUCCUCUGGCUCAACAGCCCAUGUCAGAGGACGGUAAGAGUACGACUCCUCAGUCAGACCCAGGGAAAGAGAAGAAGGCUACGAACCUUAAUGACCAAAAGACUGACAAGAAAAACAAGAACAAGAAGGACACGGCCACCACACAGCAACCUACUCUGGACCAGAACGCCAAUGAGGAUCCAAAUGUGAAACAGACAGGACCGACCAAACAGAAGGGAAAGAACCAGCAGGAGCAGAACCAGAAACAAGGUCCGGCAGCUGGACAACAGAUGGUUUUUGGCUCACAAUCACAAUCAAAGGCUAACAGCACAGACUCCAAAGUGGACCCAGAAGGGACAGUAGAGUCGAUGGAGGUUCAGCAGUCUGGUAGCGAGCAGGACUCGGCCCCAACAAAAGCUGCUGAUGCUGGCAAGAGAAAUAAAGACGACAGCAAGGAUAAGAAAGAAUCAGACACCACACCUGGCCCGCCGCCCACAAGCACUUUGAAAAACUCAAAGAACAAGAAGGACACGGUCACCACACAACAAUCUGCCCCGGACCAGAACGCCAACGAGGAGCCGAAUGUGAAACAGCCAGGACCAACCAAACAGAAGGGAAAGAACCAGCAGGACCAGAAACAGAAACAAGGUCCGGCAGCUGGACAACAGAUGGUUUUUGGCAAUCAAGCUCAAUCAAAGAGUGACAGCAAAGGCUCCAGUGUGGACCCAGAGGUGAAAGUAGAGUCAAUGGAGGUUCAGCAGUCCAGUAGCGGGCAGGACUUGACUGCAAAACAGACUUCUGACGCUGACAAGGGAAAUAAAGAUGACAGCAAGGAUAAGAAAGAAUCCAAAACUGCAGCUGUCCCACCACCUGAAAAGCUGACCAGGAACAUGAACAUUGCUGCACGAGAGAGACUCACAAUUUACUUCCAUGCAGUUCUCUCAAAGGAUUUCAAAUUUGAUCCAAACGAAGAUCGUAUCUUCAUCCAGGCUGGGUGCCACAUUGGGAAAUGGGAGGAAAAUAUAGUUGAACUGUCAGCAAUCAGAGCUCUGGGCGAUCAUGGCUUUCUGGUGGAGGGCAGUCUGCUGACAACCAGAGCUAAAGCCGAGUCUGUGUCGAUACCGUACAAAUAUGUUGUCUAUAACGCUAAAAAGAAGAAAUAUGAAUAUGAGUUCAUAUACAAACAGGAUUCUACAAAAUACAUUACCAACAGAUGUUUGUUCGUGAAACCCCUCCUCCUCAAUGAAGCUGGGGACUGGCAUCAAUAUGAUGACAUCAUCUGUGCAGAGCCAUCAAGGUUUAAACGAGUUAAAGAAACCCUCAAAGAAGCCUUGUGGCUUGACCAAAGCCAGAAUCUGGUUCAAGGCCGAGAGAUUGCAGGGAACGUAAUGCUGGAGACCAUUUUUGAUCUUCUCAGGAAAUGGACUGAUGUAAAAUUCAGAAGUUUUCAGAUUCAGCUGAAUCAGUUCUUUCAGGUUUAUGGGGAGCCUUAUGUGUAUGAAGAAAGAGAAAAGAGAUGGUCCUCUUUAAACUAUGGGCAAGAUGAUGUGCGGAAGCUGCUGAGGGAAUUCAUGCUGACAAGAGUGAUUCCUCAACUGCUGGCAAAUCCUUCAGAAGGGAAGAUGCACUACAUUCAGGAUCGCAUGAAAGCGGCUGUGAUCAUGCUUCAAGUAUGCAGACAGUUUCAAAUCCGACUGGAUAAUGGUGAGCUCGCUCGGCUCUGCACUGUGCUCUGUUUACCACAUCUAGGCAAAGAAGACUUUCUCCAGUACUGGACACAAUUUUCUCAGGAUGUUGCUUGUCUCAAAAAUCUGCCUGAAAAGUUGGAGCAUCUGAUAAAUGCUGUGAAAAGGGCAGGAAUGCCCCAAUGGAUUCUGGUCCUGCCGCUACUGCACCUCCUAAAAGGCACCGCAAAGCCCUUUCAAGUACCAGUUCCUGGAAACUCCAAGUAUGGCUUAUCUUGGGCAGGUUUGCAAGGCCUUGAUAUUGGUCCUGUGGCACACAUGAACAGCCAACAGAGGAAAGCACUGGUGAAUGCGGUGAAAAACAACGGCCACCUAAUCGAAGUGGAUGCACUUUUAGUGCGGUCCUGCUUGUACUUGAUGACGUUUGAUGACCUGAUGGAGUGUGUCAUCAAUAUUAACACUGAGCUUUUGGACAUGCUGAAUGUGUUUCUCAACAAGGCUCCAAGCGAUAUUACUGCCAGUACAGUAACAACAGUGUCUGACAUCUUCUCACACAUCCAAGGGAAUCUCCUUGAGGAAAAAUACAGUCGUUUUACUGAGGCUUACAGGAGAGCGUGCCUAGUGACAGCAGUGAAACUUUUGGAGAAGGUUUGUGGAGGAGUCAAACCUACAUCAUAUACCCAGAACUACCCUGAUAUUCCUGUGGCCUGUAUGAAUCUGGUUGCAUCAGUGUCAGACUUUGUUCACUGUAACGAGCAACAGGAGAAUCAAGAAAUGGAAACAGAGCAGCGGUAUACAAAUGACUCCAUCUCUCAGGCUUUGGACAUAAUGAGAAAUUGGAUCGGCCAUUCCUUUCGACAGCGUUUACUUAACAGAGGCUGGUCAUCCCUGUUACGAGAUGGGACCCCAGCAGAAAUUGAAAUGUGGAACAGCGUAAUUUCUGUCCACUUUGAAGAUGAACUUUGCACAAAACAGUGGAGACAGAAAUUCACAAUGGAUUUUGAGGGCAAGUACAUGAAGGAAUCCCCUCUAGAUCAAAUUGAGUUCUACUGCAGAAAGAUAGAGGAACUCCGUGAAACCCAUCGAUAUGUUGCUGCAAGUAUCGAGAAGUGUGCUCUGGAGGCUGUUACAGCUUUGUGCCAGAACAAGUCUGAGGGAACGCUCCUUGAGAGGCUUGAGAUAAACUGGAAGUUUGGGAAUCUCAUCUCAGCCAUCAUUGAGAAAUCUUGGCCAAAGGACGGUCAAGGAAGGUAUGAGGAAGAUGAAGAAGUGGUCCUUCAACACCUCCUCUCCUGGACUGCUGCCAAAAACGUUUUCCAACUACAUGGAUCAGAUGAGAAGCUGAUUGAGAAACUCUCUGAAGAUGCUCGCGGCAGAUUUGCUAUCGCCAUAUCAUCAUUCACAGCCAUCAACCAUCAGUUGGUCCAAGGACGCAUUAAGAUCAGCCUGCUCAAUAUCAUUUUGGAGAGGAGAAAUGCCUUCUUAGAUCUGCUGAAGAUCGAUUGCCUCUCGGAGAAUGAACAAUACAAGGAUAUUGCCAAGAUGAAGAGGUUGUUGCAGUGUAGAGAAGAUGAAGUGAAAGCUGUGUACCAUGAGAAGGAGCUCAUGGAUGUCCUCUUAACAAUGUGUCAAAAACUAGAGGAACAUAUGACAGUGGAUUUUGGUGAUAUAGAGGAGAGACAACAGGUAAAAGUCGAGGUCAUGCCCCUGAGCCACUUCAUGGAGGUUCAUCAGCUGGACCAGAUAUCCUCACCCAUGGCUGGUGUUGUCACCUUUUUCAAACUGGAUGAAGAAAUCAGAGACAUGGCUGAGGUCCUGUACACCUUCAGAGACAGUCAUUUAUUCAAAGUGUGUUGGGAGAAAAAAGCCAAACACCUGGUCACUUCAGAAAUGGAAGACGACAAUCCUGAUCAGCAUGACAUAGCGGAUAUUAUGGCAACACCGAAGAUGAUACAUGAUGACAUUUUUGAGCCUUGCUAUGUUGAUUACAAUAACAUCUACACCAGUCUCAAGAAUAAUACUAUCACUCUUGAGGAGGUAAAACAGCUCUUUGGCGAUUUCAAGGGCAAGUACGACGAGCUUGCACAGGACCUGGACAUCAUGUGUAGAAUUGAUAAAUCGACUGACAAACAGUGGAUCCACAGCAGGGUUCAACAGAUCGAACAGUAUCAUGAGCUUCAUCUUGCUGUGGCUUCAGCCGAAAUCAUAAUGAAUGUCAAAAGGACACUUCGUCUUGAAGGGGACUUCAAGGUUCUGGAGACGCUCACAAAAGUUAAUCAAGCCAACUUUCAGAAAGAGCAGCUCAGUCGGAUUGACAAUGACUUGAUGCAGGCAAAGCAGGUUCUUGUGGACAUCACUGAGCCGCGCAGACUGUGUCUAGAGGAGCUGGGACUCAGAAAGCACUUUGUCAAAUGGGUAAAAGAGGCACUCGAAGAUAUCAAUGAGUUGAAGGUGUUUGUUGACCUGGCCUCAAUCUCUGCGGGGGAGAAUGACAUGGAUGUUGAUCGCGUCGCUUGCUUCCAUGAUGCGGUCCUUGGCUACUCUUCAGUGCUCUAUGAGCUCAAACAGGACUCUGAUUUUCGUGGCUUCAGAGAGGUGCUCAAGAAGCUCUGGAGAGCUUUGGAGAAUGAUAGCAACCUACCAAAAAAACUGCGGGACAGUGCACGCCAUCUGGAAUGGCUGAAGACUGUGAAAGACAGUCAUGGGUCAGUGGAGCUGUCAUCUCUGUCUUUAGCGUCGGCCAUUAACAGCAAGGGCAUCUACCUCAUCAGCACACAAGGCGUAAACAAGUUGAGUCUUGACACCGUCCUGAAGCUGCAGAUUCCAGAGGAGCAUGAUGAGGGUCAGCAGAUGCGCUGCUACUCUCUUGAGGACCUGCGGGAGUUGCAGAACAAACUCAUGCUCAUGUCUGGUAAAGGGGACCAAGGCCAGAAUGAAGUUGAUCAUUUUGCAGAGGUUUUUGCCAGUGUUCAAAGACUAGCUGAGGCGUUCAUUGCCCUCUAUACUGCUGGGAAUCCUCUGUUCAGACACUGGGAUGCAAAAAUCAACUGCUGUGUAGACAGCUUUGAACCAAGCAUCAUGAUGGACUUCAACCUGGGUAAUGUUGUCAGUGUUGUCACUGAGGAUGGCAGCAUAGAAGAGCAGCUUCCAGAAUUUUGCCGGAAAAUGGAGAAAUGCCUGGGUUAUUGGACGGAUUUUGUGGACAAACAGAGAUCUCAGCAUUACUACCUGAACUACUACACAGCCGAACAGAUUGUCUACCUGUGCAGCCAGCUGACCCAGAGAACCAGUGUGGAGGACCAAGUCCUCAUGAUGCUCUCCUUCGUCAAACCAAAUUGCACAACCUUCGACUUGAGGCAGGUCAGGCAUGAACUCCAGUAUGAACUCCUGACCAAACCAGAGGAGCAAAAUGAGGACAUCGAGUUCCAGACGUUUGUUGUGGUUCCAACAAGUGAGCCAGAAGCCCCAGGCUGCCCCAGUGGAUUGGAUCCUCUGCCAAGUCUAGUGGAGGCAAAUGGUUUGCAAAAAUUUGAUCUGAUAUGGAAUACUUAUAUGAAAGACAUGAAGAAUUUUCUUCCAGACAUUCUUGAUAUAAAAAGUCUUGGAAGACUUUUGGAAUUACUGGCCAACAGAAGAGAUGAGAGCAAAGAAGACGAGAGUGAAGAAGACAUUUCUGACGAUAACACGGAGAACCUCAUAAAGAGGCAUCUGCCUCAAGGCCUGGCCACUGGACAUCCAAACCUCAUAGUGUGCCCGCACGAUGAGGUCUUGACAUCUUGCAUCUCCAUUUACAUGAGUAGUGAAGAAGAGACACUGCCCACCUAUGAUGAAGUCCUCGUGUGCAACUCCUCGACACCAUACGAACAGGUGGAGCUAUUCCUCAGACGUUGUCUCAGCACGGGAUACAGGGGACAGAAGAUAUACUGUUUACUCUAUGGAGACCUGCUGACUUACGAUGUGAGCUCUAAGGUUGAGAACUUUUUCCAGCGAAUGAAAAUGCAGAGCAGGAAAGACUACAGACUUGUGAUCAUCUGCAGCUCAGAAAGAGAACAUGCCUACCUUCCUUCAGCCUUCAGUCAGUACAGAUUGCACAUGAUUCCCCAGGAGUCCUUGGCGCGGAUCCAGCGGUACCUCCACAGACACUUUGUUGUCCCAGCAGAUCAAUGCAGUGCUGCAGCUGCAUUCAAAGACCGACUGUGCGUUGGUGUCGUCUCAUCUAAAAGGGCUGGUGUUGGUAAAUCUCUCUACAUCAAGAGGCUCUAUGAAAACCUGAAGCGCUCAACCAAGAAGUCGUCAACGAUGAAAUGCAUUCGCUUGAUUGAACCUAAUGUUGAUGAGAACGUCAUCCUUCAGUCUUUGUUGAACACACUGAAGACAAAAGAAGUCAUGAUCUUCCAUUUUGACAUCACAUCAUCGGUGCAGAAAGGUCUCCAUGAGUUUCUUUUCAAAUUGUUGAUUCUGCGCUAUUUGAUGGACUCUGAGGGGAAGAUGUGGAAGUGCAGCAACAAGCACCUGUAUCUCAUGGAGAUGUUAGAGCCGACUGUCAAAUCAACCAGAAAUCCUUCACGGCAGGACCAGACUGUGAGCAGCACAUUCACAGAUGUGUUUCCAAAUAUUUUCUGCCGACCACCCAAAGAAGUGCUAAUGCUCGAGAUGAGGAAGCAAGAAGACCCCACACUUGUGAGCUCUGAUGACCCACUGAUGGAUGACGAAGAAUUCAAGAGCGCAGCCUUUCAGCGGCCAUACCAGUACCUCACACGGUUUCACAACCACAGUGAUCUUGAUGUGUUCACAUAUCAAGUUGUUGAAGGAUCCCACGUGGAAUGUCUUCAGAUGCUUCUAAUGUACUGUGGAAUCAUGGACCCGUCAUGGGCAGAACUAAGAAACUUUGCAUGGUUCCUUAACCUUCAGCUGCAAGACUGUGAGACCUCUGUGUUUUGUGAUGCUACUUUCACUGGAGACACACUGACUGGAUUCAAAACCUUUGUGGUUGACUUCAUGAUUCUGAUGGCAAAGGACUUUGCUACUCCAUCCCUCAGCAUCUCUGACCAGAGUCCUGGCAGGCAGCAGAUGGACCUGACUGGUGUCCGAGAUGAAGACUUGGCUCCCUUUCUGAUUAGGAAGAGAUGGGAAACAGAGCCACAUCCAUACAUCUUCUUUAAUGAUGACCAUGUAUCCAUGACCUUCAUUGGUUUCCAUCUUCAGCCAAAUGAACAGAACUCCAUUGAUGCAAUUGAGCCCACCUCUGGAAGGGUGAUAAAAAAGAAUGUGAUGACAAGGGCAUUGUAUGAAGGCCUGAAGCUACAGCGAGUCCCCUUUAACAUCGACUUCGAUUGCCUUCCAAGAGGGGAGAAAAUAGAGCGAAUCUGCAAUGUUCUUGGUAUCCAGUGGCCACUUGACCCAGAUGAAACGUAUGAGCUCACAACUGACAACAUCCUGAAGAUGCUCGCAAUCCAUAUGCGGUUCAGGUGUGGCAUCCCUGUCAUCAUCAUGGGAGAGACAGGGUGUGGAAAGACGAGGCUCAUCAAAUUCCUUUGUGAGCUCCGUAGGAGUGGGGUGGCCACUGAGAACAUGAAACUGGUCAAGGUGCAUGGGGGGACUACUUCGGAGAUGAUUUACACCAAAGUCAGAGAUGCAGAAGACAUUGCCUCCAUUAAUAAGCAAGACUAUGGAUUUGACUCUGUUCUCUUCUUUGAUGAGGCCAACACUACUGAGGCCAUCAGCAGCAUUAAAGAGGUCCUCUGUGACAAGACGGUAAAGGGGGAAAGUUUGACACAAUACUGUGGGUUGCAGAUCAUCGCUGCAUGCAACCCUUACCGAAAACACACAGAUGAGAUGAUUCAGAGGUUGGAAUCUGCCGGCCUUGGGUACAGAGUUCGAGCUGAAGAGACAGAUGAAAAGCUUGGGUCCAUUCCCCUCCGCCAGUUGGUCUAUAGAGUUCAGGCAUUGCCUCCGAGCAUGAUCCCCCUGGUGUGGGACUUUGGACAGUUAAAUGAUCACACAGAGAAAAUAUACAUCCAGCAGAUUGUGCAAAGAGUGGUUGAAAGCAAAACAAUGGAUCAAAGUUACAUCAAGUGCAUCACAGAUGUCCUUUCAGCUUCACAGAAGUAUAUGCGGACAAGAAAGGAUGAAUGCAGCUUUGUCAGCCUGAGAGAUGUAGAACGCUGCAUGCAGUGUUUUGUUUGGUUCUAUGACAACCAUGCCAAGUUGUUUGCAGAGCUUGAAGACUUUGAGACUAAACAAAACGCUGAGAAGACUGAAAGACAUCAGCGACAGCCUGAGGUCAGAGACCCUGUGCUCUGGUCUCUAGUCAUGGCCAUAGGGGUGUGCUAUCAUGCCUGCCUCGAAAAUAAAGAAAAAUACAGACAAAAAGUCAGCAGAAGUCUACCAGAAUACAGCCCAACAAAGGUACUGCAGGAAAUCUCACUCAUGCAAGAUUUACUCUUGAGUGGCGUGCCAAUGGGAGACACCAUUGCAAGAAACUAUGCCCUCAAAGAGAAUGUCUUCAUGAUGGUUCUCUGCAUUGAGCUAAGGAUCCCUCUCUUCCUAGUUGGAAAACCUGGAAGUUCAAAAUCUCUGUCUAAAACUCUGGUGGCAGAUGCAAUGCAGGGCCAGGCUGCACAUUCUGACCUCUACAAAAUGCUGAAACAGAUCCAUUUGGUGUCCUUCCAGUGUAGCCCUCACUCAACACCAGAAGGCAUCAUCAAUACAUUCAAGCAAUGCGGACGCUUCCAGGAAGGCAAGAACCUGGACGAAUACAUUUCAGUGGUGGUCCUCGACGAGAUUGGACUGGCUGAGGACUCUCCUAAGAUGCCACUGAAAACCCUUCAUCCGCUGCUAGAGGAGGGAUGCAUUGAUGAUGAGCCACUACCACACAAAAAAGUUGGAUUCAUAGGCAUCUCGAACUGGGCUUUAGACCCUGCAAAGAUGAACAGAGGCAUUUUUGUCUCCCGUGGUGAUCCUGAUGAGAAGGAACUUGUUGAGAGUGCGAAAGGCAUCUGCAGAUCAGAUGCAAUGGUUUUGGAGAAGGUCAGGGAUUUCUUCCAACCCUUUGCUAGAGCCUAUUUGAAAAUCUGCCGCAAACAAGGCAAAGGAUUUUUUGGCCUGCGUGACUAUUACAGCUUAAUUAAGAUGAUAUUUGCAGUGGCCAAGGGAUCUCAACGGAAACCGACUGCAGAGGAAACCGCCAAGGCUGUACUGAGAAAUUUCAGUGGCAAAAAUGACGUGGAUGCAGUCACUGUCUUUACAGAAAGACUCCGUAUCACACCCAACCUGGAGAACAUCAGUACCAUUGAGUUUGUGAGAGAAAACAUUCAGGCAGUUGGACUGGAAGAAGAAUGUCGGUACCUGCUGGUGCUAACAAAGAACUACGCAGCCCUGCAGAUCCUGCAGCAAACCUUCUUUUCAGAAAACAGUCAGCCAGAAAUAAUCUUUGGAUCCAGUUUCCCAAAAGACCAAGAGUACACCCAAAUCUGCCGCAACAUCAACAGAGUCAAGAUCUGCAUGGAGACUGGUCAGACAGUUGUGCUCCUAAACUUGCAGAACCUUUAUGAAAGUCUCUACGAUGCACUCAACCAAUACUAUGUCUGCCUGGGAGGACAGAAGUAUGUGGACCUUGGACUGGGAACCCACCGUGUCAAAUGCAGGGUGCACAAAGACUUCAGGCUAAUUGUCAUUGAGGAAAGAGAGGUCGUCUACAAACAGUUCCCGAUACCUCUCAUCAACAGGCUGGAGAAGCACUACCUAGACAUCCACACUGUCCUUAAAACUGAACAGAAGAGGAUGGUACAUGAACUGGAGAAAUGGGUGAAACUUUUUGUUUCUCUCAACAGUCAAAACACAGCAGCAGCUCAGACCCAGUACAAGCCACCAGAUGUUUUCAUUGGCUACCACUCAGACACAUGUGCGUCCGUGAUACUUCAAGUGAUAGAGAAGCAGAAGGACUCUACGGAGAUCUCAGAUCCUGAGAGGGGGGUUCUGGAUGAGGCAAAACUCAUACUGCUCAGAUGUGCUACACCAGACUCAGUGGUGCGGUUGGACUGCACAGGCCUUCCCAAAGUGGAGAGUGCAAACCUGGCCGGGGUCUACUUUGAAGAACAGACCAACAGCUGUUUAGCUGACUUCAUUCUCGCGCACACUAGACAGGAAGUGCGUUACAACUCCUCCUUCACAGAGGUGACAACAUUCUCCAGACUUCUGACAGCAUCUGACUUGGAACCUCUGGAGCAAAUGUUGCACUGUGUUGAGCUUCUCUCACUGCAGCAGUUUGACACAGAGCACUCCUUCCUGAAGAAGAUCAGGAACUUCCUCACAGCUCAAAAUGGAGGCAGUAACACUGGCCCCUGCAUCAAGAUCCUCAUCAUUCAGUGUGAUUUCGACGAAGCCUCUCAUAGUGCCAAUCUCAUUGCAUCCGCAAAGUACUCAUCCAUAAACGAAAUCAACAAGAUAACACAGGAGAGCAUGGCGAGCAAGGUGUUUGUCUACUUUAUCACCAGACUUCCAAGAAUGGAAGGAGGGACUUCUUAUGUCGGCUUUCACGGAGGCCCCUGGAGAUCAGCUCACAUUGAUGACCUCAGACGAUCAAAAGACAUCGUGUCAGACAUCAAAGCCUUGCAAAACAUGACAAUCAGUCAGAUGUUUGAAACAAAGACGAGUCAGUCUGAAGCCAUGGAGGUGGAUGACAUGUACACUGAGAGUGAGCCGGAGGAAAUGGAGGUUGAGGAAAAUGGCUGUGAUAGCGUCGUGGACACCACAGCACUGGUGAGGAGCUGUGUGCAGAGUGCAGUCAGCAUGCUGAGGGACCAGGUGGAGAGUGGCUUCCGCAGUACUCGGAGAAUUGAGAUCCUGCUGACGCUGCUCAGUGACAAUAACGAAACAAAGGGUGAAUUUCUGGAGACUGUGAAGAGGCGUCUUCACUCAUUGCUGGCGAAUUAUGAUGGCAACACCUUCUCAUCUAUCAAAAGCAACUGGGUCAUUAAGGAGGCCUCAAACAUUGAUGCCUUGCAAGAAGGAGGAACAUUCCGGCAAACCUUGUGGAAGCGUGUUCAGGCUGUGGUCAUUCCGUUCUUGGCGCAACUGGUUUCUGUCAUUGACCGUGACCAAAACUUGGACAUCCUGCUAGAUACAGACUGUGGUGAAUCUGUCAAGAGACUGUGGUUAGAUAUCUUUGGCAGUGAUAAGCUGCUGGAAAUCCCCCAACUAACACUGGACCACAAGUCUGAGACGAGAACAAUCCUCGUUCAGAACUACAUUGCCCAAGACAGGAACAUGAGGUGCAGCAUGCCCUUCAGCUGGAGGAUUAAGAACUACUUGGAGGAACUCUGGGUUCAUGCACUUCAACAUGAAGGCCAAACUCAACUGGAGUUUGAUAAGUUCUUCUGGAAAACACCACUGGGGCGAUACAUUGCGAAAGCUGACCCAGAGAUGCAGACAGAGUUUUUCCACCGCUACCUUCAGGAUUUCAUCUGCAUGACAAUGAACGUGACUUGUCAGGAGGAUCUGAAGCUGCUGUGUGGCGCCUUGAACUGUUGCGUUAAUGAGCUGCGAUUGCAGCUCGAUGCCGGCGACAAAGCACCAUCUCUUCCAUGGGUCCAUGCUGCCUAUCAUGAGUUCAAGAACCGACUGCAGAACUUCUCCAGAAUGAUCUGCAUUGAGCCCCAGGUGACCCAGCACCUCUUGGAGAAUCAUCAUACCAGAGACGGGGUCGAACUGGUACUGGAUGUGUAUGCUGCUUUAGCAUGCGUGGAGUACCUGGAGCCUCACGUCCUGAACACAGAUGCCCAGAGACAGGCUUGGCUCAGACAAGUGAAAAAGCACCAGGUUCCCAUUGAGCUGAUCUGCUCGGAGGAAAGUGCGAGGCGGUAUGGAGAAAGAAGCAAGGCGAUGGUCCUUAGAGUCCAAGCUGGUUGGAAUCGGAUAUUUACCCUCUCUCUGUUUGUGGAGCACGUCCUGCUGGGCAUUGAAGAGGUGGAGAAGGAGCUGACGCCUUUAGUUUUACAUCAUACAAGAGCACUUUGCCGGGUACUGGAAAAGAACUCAGACCUAAAAACUCAACAGGCAUUUUCAGCAGUAAUUGGUUUGCUCAAAACCUGCAAAGAUAAAGCCAUCGAACGCAUCUUCAGGUUCGGUUUUGGGCUGUGCCCAGUGUGCAUGAGCGACCCCCAAGAUCCACUCUCCCUGCCAUGUGAACACAUCUACUGUGUAGCCUGCAUCAAGCAGUGGCUGGUCCCUGGUCAGAUGUACUGUCCUCUCUGCAUGCAGCAGGUUGCAGACGACUUCCCUAUCGUACCGUCAGAUGCCAUCAGGGUUCUAAUCAACCAACACGCUCGGUUCAGAAAUCAGUGCAAUGCUUUCUUCAUUGACCUGGUGUCCACCGUGUGCUUCAAAGACAACUCGCCCCCCAGUUCAGAUAUCAUUCUCCUUUUGCUGUCCUUUCUCAUGGUGGAGACCAGCCCCGUCCCCAUUCUCGGAGGAAAUCGACAAACUCGACAAAUGACUAAGGUGCUCUCCCCAUUUGACGACUCUGUGGAUAAAAAUCCUGUGGUUCGCUCAGUAGUGCUCAAACUCCUGCUGAAGUACAGCUUCGAUGAAGUUAAAGAUUACCUGCAGCAGCACCUGGUGGCUGUUGAGCAGAGCAACAUCCUGGAGAAGACGGACAAGACUGAACUCUACUUGAUGUACAUUAACUGCCUGGAGGAUUCCAUGUUUGAACGGUUGCAGUUCCGAUCCACUGCAGACCAGCAGGUCUGUCUGCAGGACGAGAGUGCCUUCCUCACUGACUACCUGCAGUCACAGUCUGCUGUAGCAGCCACUGUGGAGUACCUGCAGCAGGUGGCCAGAGUGCGAAUGGACCUAGAUAUGGCUGCUAGCCUCAUCGUGGAGAGACUGAGAGAAGCAGACGCUCAAAGGAGUGGUCAGAAUGGAACCUCAGCCUUCCUGACUAGUGUGGUGAACUUGUGUAUACGCAGCGGAAACAACUGGUAUCGUGUCUACUUGAUCCGUAAGAUCUGCAGCCAACAUGGAGUGGAGUUUGUCCUGAAACUCCUCAGUGCGGAGGCAACGCGCUGGCUCUUCCCCGAAGAGGUUCUACAAAAGAGUGAAGAAGCCACUCCAAUAGACCAUUACCUGGUGUGUGGGGAGCACUACAAGACUAUCAGAAAUGCUGUGGAGAAGGUUGUUAUGGAAGGCAAGGUGGACGGACUGGACGAGACUUGUGCGGGGUGCGGAUGUUCACCACAGUGGACGACAGUCUGUCUGCUGCUGGCGCUGUACAGAGAAGUCACCACUCUCUACAGAGAAGCCAAUGCAAACUUCCAUCCUAAACCUGAGCAAGUGGACGCCCUGGUGGCUUACAUCCAGACCUCCAAAUUCCUUCCCAGUCCAGAGGUGAAGGCCUUUGCACAGAAUCUGGUGAUCAACCAACUCGGGCCGCUGACUGCUCGUCCCAGGACCCCCAGUGCUCAGUGUUUGUUAGUGGACCUAACUAUUCACCUGGCUGCUGUCUUGCUUUGCGGGACGCAGGGGAUUUUAGCUCCCCUGCAGCAGCUGGCGUUGGCACCUGCCAACAUGCAGAGAGCCUUCUUGCCUACCAUGGCGGACGAUAUGUUAGUUGUGGCACAACAAGCUCUGGGACCUUUGCAGUGGUACAAUUGUCCAAAGGGACACCCCUGCACCAUUGGAGAGUGUGGCAGGCCAAUGGAGACAAGCCGUUGUUUGGAUUGUGGUGAUGUGAUUGGAGGAAACAAUCACAAUCCUGUGCAGGGGUUUCAAGUUGUUCAGAUCCAAGGUGACCGCACUCAGUCAGGCCACAUCCUCGGCGACGCCAGUCGCAGGGACAAUCCAGACAUGCUGGACACAAAGAGCAUGUCCCCCGUUCCCUUCACUGUUGUCCGCAUGCUCACUCACAUGACCAUGCUGCUUGGUGCAGGCCGCCACCUACAGUCUAUCUCAGCAAUCAUCAAGCCUCCAGUCCCUGACCCGGGUGCAUUCCUACUGGCUCACCUGAGAAAGGACUUGGAACAUCUCAUCAGAUCCCUGGGUAAGGGUACGGACGACUCAGUGAGCACCGUCCACCUGCUCAUCAGCAGCCUCCUGCAACCCUUCCAGCCACAACAAUGGCCCGGUCAUCAUGACAGUCGGCUCUCCACCAAAGAGGCGAGAAAUAUUUGGGAGAUGGAAGUGAGCAACGGCAUCAUCACUCCUCAGCUGAAGCAUUUGGAUCGACAGCUUAAGGAGGUGAACGCAAUCAUCCGAGCUGACUCUCGCAUCUCCGCCAACCCAAUCAUGAAGCUGUUGUUUGGCGAUCCUCGCCUCUUCUUGUCCUCAGUUCCCCCGAAUUCUCUGAUCCAUGGCAAUGCCGUGUGGAGCUGCAGGGAGAAAGUGUCUCUGCUGAGCCUCACCCACAUUGUGGUGCAGAAUGACGGCAAAGACACCCUGCCUGUGCUCUGGAGAUUCCUGCACAAGGAAGCAGAGCUCCGGCUGGUGAAGCACCUUCCUGACAUCCUCACACUCCAGAGAGAUCUGGUCAAGAAGUUUCAAAAUGUCACCGAGCUGACUUACGGCACCAUUGAACAGUUCCUCACCAGUCAGAAAACAGUUUCGCUCAAAUCCUGGUAUGAGAAGCACAUCAGAAUCUUCCUGACGACCUGGAAUCAGCUCAGAGUGUCUCUGGCAACUAACGGCGAGAUUAAGAUCCCGGCUGAGUUCUGCCAGGACGACCUGGACCUCAACAGUGACUUCAAGGUGCUGUUGCCACAGCGGCAGGGCCCGGGGUUGUGCUCUACAGCCCUCGUCAGCUACCUCAUCGCCCUGCACAACGACCUGGUCUACUGUGUGGAUAAACACACUGGAGAGGAGACCAGCUACAAAGUGAGCCCUGCAGAUCUGACUGACCUGCACGUGAUCCGGUACGAGCUGGAGAGGGACCUGAUGCCCCUGGUUCUGUCCAACAUGCAGUACAGCAUCGAGAGAGGCCAGGAGACGCUUCAUGAGUAUGACUUGCCCAAGAUCCAGCACCAGAUCAUCUCCCGCUUCUUGCUGGGCAAACCUCUCCUUACCCUUAAUGGCAUUCCAACACUAGUGAACAGACAUGAUCGCAACUAUGAGAUGAUCCUGAAGGACGUGAAAGCAAAAGUGCAGCAAGAGCCUCUCCAGACUCUCACCCUGUUUGCCGUUGCGGGAGAGCUGCACUCCUACAGCGAGGUGUGCGAGGCUCUGUCCACGCUGGAGGUGGCCCUCGGCUUCCUCGCCAUGACCGGGGGAGAGCCUCAAAUGCAGAUGUCCCGCUACCUGGAGGAGGUGCUGCAGAUGGAGAACCAGAUGGCUCCGCACAUCCUCAAGACCCUGAGCAUGUGCUGUCUGAAGCAUUGCGUGGCCCUCUGGCAGCUGCUGGCCUCACUCAAAUCAGAAAACAUGCUGCGGCUCAAGAGGGAUCCAUUCGUGGGAGUCUCGAAGGAAUACAAGAAGGCCCUGAGUGAGGAUGAGCACAGGCUGCUCAUUGGCUUCUUCUCAAAGAACAGCGCCGACAGCUUCCUGCUGGAGAUGCACGAGUUUCUGGUGCUGGUACUGAAAAAGCCCAAUGCGCUGGAGACCUUCAAGCCUGACUGGAGCAUCAAAGACACGCUGGGGUCUUACAUGGAGCGCAAAGACCUGGACGUGCCCGCUGACGUGGAGGAGCUCUUCCCGGGCGAGAUCCUGCUGUCCACCUACGUCGAAGCCUGGAAGUUCAUUGUGGCCUUCAAGCAGGAGCGUCAGAGACAAUGAAGACGAGGUCUUCCUCAAAUCAGAUCCUUCAGAAGUUUACAAUCAUGUUGAAUCGACAGUAUUGAAGUUGUACUUAUGCUAUACAAUCUGUAUUUUAAGAUGUGCCUUGGGUGCACUAAUGUUGAGAUGCAUAUGGUGCCACAGAGCGAGUGUGCAGUUCACAUUUACAGCUCGUCAGGAUGUGACCUGUGAAGAUUCCAUUUUUUUUUUUUUUCCAUUAUACGUUCUAGUUUCGCAUCACUUCCUUUUUCCUGAUCGUCAAAAUGUACGGAGUUUCCGUACAGUUGACAGUCUUCUCUGUUGCACUUCAGUUCUAAUGUGAAUCUGUCUGUCCCGAAGAGGCAGAAGAAAAACGUCUGAAACCUGCUCAGGUACAAAAUGUAGAAAAACUCUGGGGACUCACAAUCAUGCCGACAAAAAUCCCUUUAUCAAGAAUAAUGUGUCAUUCCCAUCCCUGUAUUGUAUCACUGUCGGGUCUUAUUAGUUCUCGCUGUCUUAAAAAAAGAUGCCUUUUUAGUUUUGACUUUUUCAUUCAAAUACUUUAUUGUCUCACUUUUCUGAUUUCUAAUGUUUUGUGUGGGCUUGGUAAAACAUGAGGAAACUGCUUUCAGUAAAGAGUGGAUUUCA